AACAGUCUUUGUAACAAAAAGUUCAAAGAGUCAACGUAGACUGACCUGGUCGAGAGGGAGAGCGUGUGUCAAUCGAUAUUUCCAUCCACAACAUUGCUUCACUAACACAUCACUACUUGAUUUCCUUCCCAACGUUACGAUGAAACUAUCAUGCCUGUUCGUCUCGUCAAUUGCUUUUCUACUGAGUAAGGCGACGGUUGUUGUCGCGCAACAAUCAGGAGUGCAAGUGGGGGACACAGUCACCGCGGAAGGCUUUAUCAUGGACUAUUUCUGCAUCUUCGACGAAGUACUGCUCGACAAUCCCUCCGUCCGUACCUUGGAAGGACCCGACCAACAUUCCGUGCAUUGUCUGGUGGACAUUUCCGUCUGUCGCGAGAGCGCAUACGAAAUCCUGGGCGAUCCGGUCGACGGAGAAAUCCUCUACACAAGGGAUUUGCGUGUCGACGAGGCUGGCAAGAUGAUGCUCAUCGACGCGGCCCGAGAGGAGCCGGAAGCGGCUGCUGAGCCGAGUCCGCCUGCGGCGACUUCUGCCGUGACUAUCACACAAUCUUCUCAUUGGGUUUUCAAGAUUCUAGCGACUGGAGCACUUUCUGUUUGUCUGUGCCUUUAA